GCAUGCUCGCCGUUAUUGUCGUUUAUUACACGGUGUCGAACUCACUCAUUCACUCACACACACAAUUGUUUACCAAGUCGCGAUGGACCCGCCAAAAAGUUUUUGCAAAAGUAUGUGAGGGUUUUUGUAAUCUUUUUUUUAAAGAUAUUUAUUGAUGUUGUUAAUGAUGGCUAUGCCACGUGUAUAGUGUACACAACACGAAGUCUGUAGAAAUGAUGUAACUAUAUAGUCAAUUAACACACAUACACACAUACACACGAAAACUUGUAGUAUUUUAUAACAGCCAGACUAUUUUGACAUAAUGGACGGUAAUAAAAUAGCGUCGGUUUUCGAAAAGUACUUUUCGCCCUCUCCCCUGGUCAAUCACAUACGGAACUUUGUCAAUCGGCAAAUAGAUGACCGCCAACAAGCACAAAAUGUGACCACACCACGACCAAUAGAGAACAAUCACAAUAGCUGUAUAGUAAACAUCACAAAUUUAAAUACUAAGAGUUUUGAAAAACCUGCCGAAACCAACGUACGUGCCCAACCAGUCCAGCCAGCUGAUAGAAAUUUAGUGCAUGUCACUAAAGCACAAAUGAAAGAGUUUCAAGAAGCAUUUAGAUUAUUUGAUAAAGACGGAGAUGGAAGUAUCACCAAAGAAGAACUGGGCAGGGUCAUGCGAAGCUUAGGCCAAUUUGCUAGAGAAGAAGAAUUGGAAACUAUGUUACAAGAAGUCGAUAUUGACGGUGACGGAGCAUUUAGUUUCCAAGAAUUUGUGGAAAUCGUAUACAACAUGGGCGGUACAGCAGAAAAAACAGCGGAUCAAGAAGAAAAAGAGCUAAGAGAUGCAUUUAGGGUGUUUGAUAAACAUAACAGAGGCUACAUUAGUGCGUCAGACCUAAGAGCAGUGCUGCAAUGUUUGGGUGAAGACUUGUCAGAAGAAGAAAUCGAGGACAUGAUUAAAGAAGUAGACGUUGACGGUGACGGGAGAAUUGAUUUUUACGAAUUUGUGCACGCACUCGGAGAGCCUGGUGACGACUACGAUGAAAAUGAGGAGGACGAAGAAGACAUUAUGUAUCCACAAAUGGAUAUUUAAUUAUUUUGUUGCGUCCAAUCUUAAUAGUAUUAUAACUUUUAAGGGUUAUACAAUUUUAUUGAUCAAAUUUUGACAAGUGUUUUAACUAUAUAGAUUACACUACUCAUUAAAUAAAUGUUUUGUCGUUA